AUGCCGGCCUCUGCGCUGCUAGUUACGGGAAUGAUCACCUCCAUGACGGAGCAGUACGGACAGUACCAUAGUUCCGGCGACAGUUCCCACUUGACCACAAUGUACAACGACGUGGAGCUGUAUGGCAUCUUGUACCUCGUCGGUGCUGCGAUUGUCGCGAUCUUCACGUUCAUGCAGGUGUACUGCUUUAAGUUUAUGGAGGAGAAGAUCACUACAAGGCUGCGUAACACGAACUUCUCGGGUCUGUGCCGUCAGAAUGUCGGCUUCUUCGACGAGAAGGAGAACGCGACGGGCGCUCUGACUGCUGAUCUGGCCACAAACCCCACCAAGGUGUCUCUGUUGUCUGGCGAGUCGCAGUCUCGAGCCUUCCAGGCGGUUUUCACGUUGGUCGCAGCUCUACAGAUGGAGAGCAGUGGCUUGAUCUCCGACGACUUGGCUAUUCCUGGUGCUCACGCAUCGGAAGUUCUCAGCAAUAUCCGCACAGUGGCUGCUCUUGGCAUCGAGAAGAAGUCGGUGGAUGUCUUCGAUGAGCUUCCAGCAGAGCCACUUCGCAAAGGCAGCAAAGAGGCUCAGGUGAACGGGCUAUCACUUGGGUUUAGCUCCUUCAUCAUGAUGGCUACAUACGCACUAAUCUUUUGGUACGGCGCCAAGAAGAUCGACGAUGGCUCGAUUGGCUUCACAGAGAUGAUGCGCACGCUUAUGGCCAUCACGAUGUCCAUCCAGAUUGUUAGCAGUGCGUCGACAUUUCUCGGUGACGCACCCAAGGCGUUCAAAGCUGGCUCGACUAUCUUUGCUAUCCGUUGA